AUGGAUACUUUAUGGUCAUGUGUUUUUGGAAUUGAUACAGAUAUGCAAAAUAAUAUCAAUGAUCCAUAUUUGAUUUCUUCACAACGUUAUUUCGAAGAACAAAAUUCUGCUAAAGUCUUAGUACUUUUAUCUCUAUUUAUCAAAGAAUUAAAUUAUGUUUGGAUAAAAUUGCGAUAUAUUAACAGUUUCAUACGUUAUUGGCUUAGACGUAUUUUUCCCUUCACAAAUAAUUAUAUUCAAGAAGAACCAUACACACGGAUCAUACGAGAAGCAUACAAAAUUAUCGAUGAACAUCAACAAAAUAGUCUAACAAAUCGAACAGAUGUAAUCAAAUUAAUGCUUGAAUCAGUAUCAAACGAGGAUUUUAUUCAAGAUGAUCAACCGUUAACUAUGAAAAAAGAACAAAAAGAUGAUGGUGAUGAAGUAUCAAUUAUUCGAAAACUAACGAAACAUGAGAUUGCAGCUAAUAUUCUUCUAUUGAUGGUUGCUGGUUAUGAAACGACGAGUACAGCACUCAGUUAUAUUUCUUAUAUUCUUGCUACUCAUCCAAAUGAACAAGUAAAAUUACAAGAAAAUAUCGAUGCUUACUUUAAUCCUGAGACUGAUGAAGAUGAUAUACUAUCGUACGAUGCUAUAUCUCAAAUCGAGUAUCUAGAUAUGUUUAUUCGAGAAACACUUCGCAUGUAUCCGAUUGCACCAGUAGUAAUCAAUCGUCAAAGUACAGAAGAGCUUAAUAUAAAAAAUAUUGGUACGAUUCCAGUAGGUACAUGUGUUGCUGUUGAUAUGUAUGGUUUACAUUUUGAUCCUGAUUUAUGGGGUCCUGUUGAUCCACAUAUACAGGGUGUUACAUAA